GCCGGCUGAUCUUAUAAUAUGGGAAUUUCUGGGAACUGAGAGGAAGGCUGGCUUCCUCAAUGAAGCCAUAGAGAGUAAAAGUCCAGUGAAUGGAUCUGUGGGCCCGUUCUGUGGAAGGAAGAGAACCUUUCCGGCAACUGUGAACCGUUGACAAAGUAUUUCAACUCCGACGGAAAAGGCAGUUCAUGUGGAGUCGGUGCGCCGUUUAGCCUUAAGAGAUCAGUGUCCCGGUACUCCCCCGAACUGUCUGAAUUAGAGGGGUCCCGAGCCUUGGUGACAGCAAUCUCACUCGGCGGGGUUCACACGGCGCUCAAGCCUCCUGAGAGCUCAGGGCCACACGCGGAUCCUUUGCCAGCACCGAGAUCGGAGACACCGGUGAGGUGUCACCGUUUACAGAGAUAGGAGCCCCUUUCUCAACAUUGAAAGAAUGGGGGAGAGUGUUUACAUUCUAGAGUGGAUGAAAUAAAAGGAUUUUUCGCCAACACCCGAUGCAGACAUCAACUAUUCCUGGGUUGGAUGCAGCUAUAAAUUACUUUACUUGUUGUAGGAAAACCUGAUAUCACUAAAGGAUCAUUUCGGACUGGAGGCAACUGGAGGUUGGCCAAGUUACAUCCAGAAUAACACCCUGCAAUGAGGCUUCCACAGAAAGUAGUUUAGAUUUGUUGCCUCGCUGAAGCCUGAGAAGAGAGCGAGAGUGAGAGCCUACCUGCGAGCCUGUGAGUGUGUGGGGCGGGAUGAAAAUGGAUGUGGAGGAUGUGGACAUGACCCAGUGGACAGAGGCCGAGUUUGAAGAGAACUGUACGUACAUUGUAAAUGAUCAGUCCUGGGAACCCACCACAGACCAUGACCCAACACACGCUCAAGCAUCCCUGCCCCGAAAUCUGAAGUUCAAGAAUGCACGCAACUCAGAAGAGGUGCUUGGAGUUAUGAGCGCAGAGUACAUUCCCAAAGGGACACGUUUCGGACCACUUGUGGGUGAGAUCUACACCAAUGACACUGUCCCAAAAAAUGCAAACAGAAAAUACUUUUGGAGGGUGUACUCAAAUGGUGAUUUACAUCACUUUAUUGAUGGGUUCGACGAGAGCAAAAGUAAUUGGAUGCGAUAUGUGAACCCAGCCCAUUCGAAACAGGAACAAUGCCUGGCAGCUUGUCAGAAUGGAAUGGACAUCUACUUCUACACAGUGAAGGCAAUCCCAGCUAACGAAGAGCUACUAGUCUGGUACAGCAGCGAGUUUGCAGAACGUCUCCACUACCCAGCCUCAGGUGAUCUUAUGAUGAUUAAGCUAAGGUGCGUCAACCUGCCUAGAAGGGAGGAACUGCAGGGAAAGUGGCAGCACAGAUCAAGAGGCCAGCCUGAUGAACAAAGAGUCAAGGAUAAAAGAUACAUGAGCGAGCUGGACGGCAUCGUGAAGAAUGACAAUGUGACGCACAAAAAUCAUGGCGGUGAGGAAAAUAUGAUGAAGGAGAAUAACCAAGUACAAACAAUCCAAGCAUUGAUGGCUCCAGGAAAAGAAAUGGAAGAGAUCAACAAAAAGCAUAGCCCAGAACGAAUCUUCUACCCUCGUGUCAUAUACCCAGUCAGGCCUCACAUUCCAGAUGACUACCUGAAACCCAGUCCUGUUUAUGGGAUCGAGAGGCACAGUUACAUCAAACACUCUCCAAUCCAGUCUUCAGUCACCUCCAGUCCAUCGUCUAGAAGCAGCCCAGACCAAAGUUUGAAAAGCUCAACGCCACACAGCAGCCCAGACUCCCAUAUUUCCUCUCUGACACCUUUAACUCAGGAACACAAACAAGCCUUUCCUUACUUGAGUGGACCCUACAACCGAGAAGAACUGAGCUCUCUCACAGCCUACCCUGCCCCUAGUCACCUGUCUCCAGCCUUCUUGCAUUCCUAUAAUCCUGUUAACACUCAGUAUUCCAGGUUCUUGUUACCUCAUUACCCAGUUGGCUGCAAUGGUUUGAACAACUUCACUGGCCUCAGUGGUGUGAACGGCAUGAGCAGCUUCGGCCUUCUCCCCAAAAUGUACCCAUUUUACAACAGCCUUCUAGGAAACGGUGGCCUGUCCCAGCACAUGUUCAACCAGGCGGUUCUUCCCAGUGCAUUACCCCCCGAAGGAACCCGGAGACUUCUCCACCCCGAGCAGCAGAAAGACUUUCUCAUACCAGCACGGAACAGUGCCUUUUCAAUUGCAGGCUCCGCCGCUAGUCUGAGGGAUAGGCCUUCAAGCCCUGGCAACGGCUCCCCAACGGCUGGUACAGCUGCUUCCUAUUCUGAACAUUUAAUGCAACCCAAACCUACCUCAGCUGGCCUGGUCAGCAGCAGCAGCAGUGAAGAAGCCAUGAAUCUCAUCAAACCAAAGCGAAACCUCACUGGUUACAAAACACUCCCCUACCCCCUAAAGAAGCAGAAUGGGAAGAUCAAAUAUGAGUGCAAUGUCUGCUACAAGACCUUUGGACAGCUAUCCAAUCUCAAGGUCCACUUGAGAGUACACAGUGGGGAAAGACCCUUUAAAUGUCAGACCUGCAAUAAAGGCUUCACACAGCUGGCACACCUACAGAAGCACUAUCUAGUUCAUACUGGAGAAAAGCCACAUGAAUGUCAGGUUUGCCACAAACGCUUCAGCAGUACCAGCAACCUGAAAACCCAUCUACGGUUACACUCGGGCGAGAAACCUUACCAGUGCAAGCUAUGCCCAGCAAAGUUCACACAGUUUGUCCAUCUCAAGCUGCACAAACGACUGCACACCAGGGAGCGCCCUCACAAAUGCCUCCAGUGCCACAAGACCUACAUUCACCACUGCAGCCUGAAGGCACACCUCAAAGGAAACUGCCCUGUUUCCCCCGGCGCCGGGCGGUCCCUGGAGGACCUGAAUCGCUUCAACGAGGAGAUCAACAAGUUCGACAUCAGUGACAGUGCAGACAAGCUCGACGACCUGGGGCACAGCGAUGAGGUGGAGUCGGCCGUUGAGAAUCAGAUCUUCAGCAUGCUAAGGAGGGAGGUGGAAGAGGCCAGUUUAAAGAACCCUUUUCAAAGGAACCUGGGAAACAACCUCCUGUCCCCUGGGUGCAAUCUGUACGAGAGCUUGGAAACUCCAGUCUUGAAAACAUCUCAUGGUAGCCCACUACCUCUUGUGCCCAUAAAAGUCAAGCAGGAAACAGUUGAACCCAUUGACCCUUGAGACUAGAAAGAUGCAAUGUGUUUGUGACUUAGGGAGCCGAGGUGCCUGUAGCAUUCAAAUGUACAUAGAUUUCUGCAGUGCUACAGGAUAGACUGACUGAUUUUCCCUCAGAGCUGUCCCGCCAAGGCAGGGCAUCUCUCCAUUCAACUCAGGGCAUCUUAAAGAAAGUAUUUGGCAGAACUAUGACAAGCCUAUAUUAAAAAAAAAGCUUAAAGACAAUCAUUUUAAGCAGAAUUAUUUUUCCAGGAAUAGUCAAUAAUUUAUUACACAAUUUACAUUGUUAAGCAAUACCUGAAAUGAUGUUUACAAUGACCAAGUUAAUCAUUGUAAUCAAAUAUUGAAAUGUUUUAUUUUUAUCUUCUCUGUUGCCAUUCUUUGUAGAUACUUUAAACUGCAUUUUUAUUCUUAUAAUGUUAACGAGAUCCAAAUAGGGAGAGGAAAAGACCUGUCACUUAAAUUGCAACAUUCUGAAAUGGUUUUGCAAAAUACUGUUGCAAUAUGGUUUAUUGCCAAAGCAGGAAGUUUUAUAGAUUGCUAAGUCAUGUGUCUUAUUGUAACCUUUUAUUUUGCUUGCUCUCACCUUCUCUCUUUCCCUUCACUCUCACCAUCCUUCCUUUCCCUCUUCCCCUACCUCCCCUACCUCCCCUCUCUUCCCCUCUCUCUCAACCCUCUCCCUCCCUUUCUCUCUCCCUCCCUUUCUCUCUCUCUCUCACACACAUACGUUAUCUCUGCCCUGUUCCUCAGUAUUUCUGUUUUCACUGAAUUGUGGAUGAGAUUGUAAAGCUGAACAACAGCUACCUCAUUGUGUGUCCAGUGGUGCAGGGAGCAUAAAGGAAGUAAACUGGAUAAGAUUUGUUAUUUCUUGCUUACUGGUAAUGUAGCAGCAAUAUUUGUGUAUUUUUUUUUUAAAUUCAAAAAAAAAACAAACUCUAAAUCAUGGACCGCGAGUUAAAAUCAAAGGCGGUCUUGUCUGUUUUUCAAACAAGAAGGUUCUGACCAGAGGGUCUUCGCAGCUGUAACCAGCACAAUUUGGGCGAGGUUUAAGAAACUGGAAUGAGCUUGCGUUUUUUUUUUGUGUUGACUGGUUUAAUGCAAACCGAAGCAUCACUACUCUUAUCACUGGAUACACUUUAUUCCUUUUUAACUGUAAUGCUUCUGUGUUGUGUUUGGUUUUGAUUUUUUAACCAGGAACUCUGUGCAACAGCUGCACGGUACCUUGUGUCGACUGGACUCUGCUGUGGACUCAGUUCCAGUGAAUGUAGCAGAAACCUGUCUGGAAACUUUGCUGACAGUGGGGUUAAUUUUUUUUAAAUUUUGUUUGUAUUUUAUAUUAAUUUAAAUUUCCUCUUUGACCAAAGCAACCAGGUGUUUUGGAGCCUUUGGGCUUUUGCUUAUUUCUAUUAGAGAAACUUCAUCUUAUGUUUACAUUCUGGUUUAUAAUGUUAUUUAUGUGCAACAUGUCAAAGUGUAAAUUAAAAUAUAAAUGCUCACUUAA